AUGGAGGAUAUGGCCACAAAAUUCUUCACUGAUCUAUACACUGCGGAUGAACAUGUGCAGCCGGAUAUCAUCACAGAUUAUGUCCAAGCACAAAUUUCUCGAGAGAUGAACGAAAAGCUAUGCGCAGCAUAUUCUGAUGAAGAGAUUGGUAAUGCCCUCUUUCAAAUUGGACCUUUAAAAGCCCCAGGUAAGGAUGGUUUUCCAGCCAGAUUUUAUCAACGUCAUUGGGGAAUUUUUAAGGAGGAUAUCACCGCUGCAGUGAAGGAAUUUUUUAGGAGUGGAAAGAUGCCCGAAGGAAUUAAUGACACCAUCAUAGUUCUCAUUCCAAAAAAGAAAAACCCGAAAAGUACUGAUGGGAAAGGAAAAUUUUGUGGUUAUAAACUUGAUCUAGCCAAAGCCUAUGACAGAGUGGAUUGGAAGUACCUCCAAGAUAUCCUCACAAAGCUUGGAUUUGCAAAUCAAUGGGUGGAUUGGGUCAUGUGUUGUGUUAAAACGGUCACGUACUCAGUUCGGUUCAAUGGAACCCUCUUAGAGAAUUUCACACCAACUAGAGGCCUCCGUCAAGGAGACCCGCUCUCACCCUACUUGUUCCUAUUUGUAGCUGAUGGCUUAUCAAGGCUGCUGCAGAAAGAGAUUGAUGCUGGAAAAAUAAAAGAACUAAAGAAAUUGGAGAAAGAAAGUUACAGAGUUGAUAGGAAAGGAAAAGCGAAGGUGGAUCAAGACACAGGAACAAAGAACAUGCAGAAGGGAUUAUUCCUGCAGGUUCAGGUUAUUUAG